AUGAAUGCAACAAAAUUAUUCUCAUUUUCUGUAUUUCCAUUACAAGAAGAAACAAUCAUGGAUUAUACAUUUGAUAAAUUCAUAAAUUCAAAUAUAACUAUAACUAUACCAUCAAAUAAAUCUAAUUUUCAUAAUUUUAUUAUACGUAGUUUUAGUUUAUAUGCACUUGCGCUUGUUAUUAUUGGAACAUUUGGUAAUAUAUUAACAAUAAUUAUAUUAUGUCGUCGAAAUUUAAGACGUUAUGUUACAAUGAGAUAUUUAAUUGCUGUUAGUGUAUGUGAUAUUAUAACAUUAUAUGGUUGGAAUUUAAAUAAUUUUUAUAAAUUUACAAUUAGUACUGCGAAUACUAAUUUAGAAGAAAUAUCAUUAUUACAUUGUCGAGUUGUAUCAUAUUUAACAUUUGUUGGUUUACAAUUAUCAAGUUGGUAUUUAACAGCUGUUAGUUUAGAUCGCUGUUUCAGUCUUUAUUUUCUAACAUGGAAACACAGCUAUGGUAAAUUAACUCAUACAAAAUAUUAUAUAGGUAUAUUAGCUAUAGUUUGUUUACUUUUAAAUUCUCAUAUAUUAUUUUUCAACGGUUAUCGUAAUGGUCCACCAAAUUAUAAAGUUCAAUGUUAUACAACACGAAGAAAUCGUUAUUAUAUAUUUCCUCAAUGGGAACGUGUUCAUUUAGUUGUGUAUAAUUUAUGUCCAUUUAUAAUAAUGUUAUCAUGUAAUAUCUAUAUAAUAUAUAUAACAAUUCGUUCAGCUCGUAUUCGUACAAUAAGAAAACCGACUUCAUUUGGAAAAAGUUUUCGUUCAAGUCCAUCUCGUCAUCGACAAUUAUCAUUAAUGUUAAUAAUUGUUACAUUUGCAUUUGUAUUAUUAACAUUACCAUCAUGUAUUUAUUUUGUUUUUUUUCGUCAUCGAAUGUCAUCAGAAAAAUAUUCUCGUAGUCAUCGUCAUAUGAUACAAAUAUGUUUAAGUAGUAUACAAUUUACAUCACAUGCAAUACAUUUUUUUCUAUAUUGUUUUUCGGCAACAAAUUUUCGUAAUGAAUUACGUGAUUUUAUAACAGAAAUAUGUUUUGAUCGAUUAAAUGGAUUUAAAUCUAAUAAAUCAUCAUCAACAACAGCACCAUUAAAAUUAACAAUACUUGGUAGAAAUAAUCGAAAUAAAAAGAAAUUUGAUACUGAAUUUAUAUCAGAAUAUCAACAAACAGGAUAUCAAAAUGCAUUAAAAGAAUUACAAAUAACAUUAGCUAAUGAAGAACUAAACGAAAAUCUUACUUCUAAUGAUCUUAGCACUUCAAAUAAUACUAAUUAA